CAGUUUGUGCGCGACCGAUCAAAAAGUGUGCUUUUGUUUUUACGUCUCCGCUCACGUUUCGCAUCAACUCGUUAGUUUUAUUUUCCAUUGAAUUCAGUGAAAAAAAGAGUGUUUCAGAAGGUUGAUAGCUUUAUCAGCCGGCAGGAAUGAAUUCGCGGAAAUCGAAUACACCGGCGAAAGGCCCUAGUAGGCCUAAAUCGGCGCAGCCUACGCCCGAAACCGGAGGAGGCUCUCGGUCCAUUCCGCCCAUCGAUGCCAGUCCCAUACGGACCUACACGGAUGGUGGCCAAAAACUGCUCCUCGACGGUAUGAAAUCUGUACUGGCUCUACCGUCGGGAAACUCCCGGGACCUGUAUGAUACGCAUCCAUCGUUCGUCCGGAUCAUGGACACCCAGGCCAACAAGGUCCUGCACAUGAUUUCGGACGUUCUGAAACUACACGAAAUCAAGGGAAACAUCGUCGUCCGUGAUCGAGAGGAAAAGUUUGAGCUCCUACAGGAGUUCAACGAUUCCAUGCUCGAACGUAUCAACUCCAACCUGGACGAAGUGGCCGGCAUCAAGAAGAAACAUGAAACGGUUCUGGUGCAGAGUGAAAUACAGCUCCCGGCAGAACCUCGGCAGCGUCUCAGUGGCAGCUGGAACAACGCCAGUAAAACACCGGCAGCUUCUGUUGCUGCUGUGGUUAAAGCUACCCUCGUCACAGGAACGAAUAUACAAAGACCCCAAGUCAACUUCAAAGUUCCGGUAGAUAACUCCCCGCUCAACCCGUUCGUUCCCAAAAUCAAGGAGAAGCCAAAUUCGAUGAAACCGCUGGCAGUUCUGCCGGAGUAUGACGAAGCCGGGAACAUCGUCAGCUAUCUGCAUCCCUAUGAGUUUGAGCUGGACAGAUUUGAACCCUCGAAAGAAGCUCUGAAAGAGGUUGAACCCGAAGAACCGCUGAAGCUUGAGAGUACACCUUUGGAUAUAAUAGACAAGGAAAGCCAACUGCCAGGUCUUUUAAAGGAAUUGAAAGCAGCCAAGGAGCUCGCCAUCGAUUUGGAACACCACUCGUACCGGACGUAUCAAGGCUUCACUUGUCUAAUGCAGAUUUCGACGAGAAGCAAAGAUUACAUUAUCGAUACGCUGGCCCUUCGCGAGGAGUUGCACAUUCUGAACGAGGUAUUCACCAAUCCCAAAGUGGUCAAAGUACUUCAUGGCGCGAUAAGCGACAUUGAGUGGCUCCAGCGGGACUUGUCUUUGUAUAUUGUGAAUAUGUUCGACACGGGCGAAGCUGCGAAGGUUCUGGAGUUCUCGAGAAUCGGUUUACAGUUUCUAUUAAAGCACUAUUGCAACAUUGAUACCGAUAAGGCGUACCAAUUGGCGGAUUGGCGAAUCCGUCCAAUACCGCACAAUUUCAUCGAGUACGCCCGCAAGGACACCCACUAUCUUCUGUACAUCUACGAUCGCAUGCGGAACGAGCUGAUCGCAAAAGGCGCCAGCUUUCUGCCAACCGUGUACAACAAAUCUACCUACAUGUGCAAACAGCGUUACGUGAAGCCGGUCAUUAACGAAGACGCCAUCAUGAAUAUCUACCGUCGGUCGAAGCAUGUGUUCGAUCAGCGCCAGAUGUACGCCUUCCGGGAGAUCCUCUACUGGAGAGACAAGCUAGCUCGCCAGGAGGAUGAAUCUCCCGGAUACGUUCUACCUCAGCACAUGGCACUGGACAUCGCUUCCAAGUUGCCUCGCGAGAUGCAAGGAAUCAUUGCUUGCUGUACGCCGGUUCCGUCGCUUGUGCGACAGCAUCUUCACACCAUCCAUCAAAUCAUCCUCAAGGCCAGAGAGAUAUCGCUGAAUAAAUCGGUUGCGGCAGCAAUCGAGCACCAGAAAGAUACCCGCCACAAAAUGCAGUCGACGUUCGAUUUGAACAAUCCGCUAUUCUGUCCUCACGAUUCAAGCCAAGGAGUGCACCUGGAGACCAAUCUGCCUACCUUACUAAACUCGACCAGCAAGAUUGGAGUUUGCGAGAAGGUAUUGGCCGGUAUGCUGAAGGAACAGCCGGAUGCGGGCGUUUUCGAAGAAUCCAAAACGAGAACCUUGGACGAGAAGGGUAGAUUGAUUCUGGACAGUAACAUGUCGGAAGAUACCAAGAUGGCGAACUUCAUUGAAGCCCAUUAUCAAGCUAAGCAACUAGACGGCAAUCAGAGCUUGAAUGGGUCCAUAUACCUUUCAUACCAGGAUCGUAAAUUCAACACUCCCUAUGAAAGACAUCUGGAGACCUGCCGAAACCGGUAUCAAAACGAGGAACCCGAAGAGGAAGAGCAGGAUAAGCGAUUAAAACCGGUUGUUAAGCAGGAAACAGAUAAACCAGUUGAGUCCACAGAAGUUAAGUCCGAACCUGUUAUGGACUCUAAACUACCAUUGAAAGCCCAGAAAAGACAGGAAGAAAGGGAAGCCAAACGAAAGCUUGUGCAGACCGAAUCGGCAGACAAAAUCCGGUUCAGCAACUUUGAACCUCCGAAGAAGAAGGAAAAGACAGAUCGUCGCUCUAAGGGAGAGUUCCCGCUGCAGAUUAAACCAACGGUUGAGCAGAACAAUGACCACGAAGAUGCAGCGAGCGAUGAAGACGAUGAAGAAGACGAACGGAACGUGUCAGGACAGAGUAGUCAGAACAAUAGCUUUGCCAAUGGCGGAAGAAAGGGUAAGAAUAAAAAGAAGAAAUUCAAGAAACAAGGCAAGGCCGGCCAAAAAGAAUUCAAGCAAAGCUCGAACAAGCCCGUUCCGUUCGAUUAUGGCCAAGUAGAUUACAAUCGGUUCCAGGGAGGCUCUAGACCGUUGCCUCAGAAAGGAAAAGGAAAUAAGUUCUUUGCGCGAAAACAGGGCCAAGGUGAGGACACUACUGCGGGUGAGGGCUCUACUAUGAAGAAAACUCUGCACCCCAACAGCAGGAUAGCGAAAGGUAUAAAACAAAGUCAGAAAAUGUUUAAUUUUAGCAGCAAUAAUUUACAGAAAAAGAAGUAACGGAAUCUGUAUGUUUCUGUAAUAUUAGUUUUUGGUAAUUUAAAUGAAUAAAUUUAAGUGAAAUUUAUUGAAUUA